CUCAAUCAUUCUCGCAUCAUCGAAAAUGAUUCUGGAAACCAUGUCUCUGCAUUCCCACAUUACUCACCUCCAAACCCGCAGCCGCUUAUCCUACUCUCCACGUUUCUACAACCCACUUCGGACCUCUAACAGCUCUGUUCGUUACGACGUUAAGCCCCGAGGUUUGCCGACUUUGGUGGCGAGAAGUGAGGGUGCCGGUAGAUUAGUUCCGGCGUGCAUUGCUGGAAGUAGUAGUGUUGGUUCAUUUGAAGAGGAGGAGUCCGAGGGAGUGGUGGUGGAGGUGGUGGCUGCGAAGAAGGAGGAGCUGGUGGAGCGGAGUCUAUGGAAGCAGGUGAAGGACAUUGUCAUGUUCUCGGGUCCGGCUACAGGGCUGUGGAUUUGUGGGCCGUUGAUGAGUCUCAUCUCCACAGCUGUUAUCGGCCAGGCUAGCUCUACUGAGCUUGCUGCUUUGGGUCCCGGAACAGUUUUUUGUGAUAACAUGAAUCUUUUGUUCAUGUUCCUCUCCAUUGCUACUUCUAACAUGGUCGCCACCGCGCUCGCCAAAAAGGAUAAAAAGGAACUGCAGCAUCAGAUAUCUAUCUUGCUCUUUGUUGGAUUGACUUGUGGAGUUCUGAUGCUCUUGUUUACACAAUUCCUUGGCUCAUGGGCUCUAACAGCUUUUGCUGGGCCCAAGAAUGCUCAUAUUAUACCUGCAGCAAGCAAAUAUGUUCAGAUUCGUGGGUUAGCGUGGCCUGCGAUUCUUUUCGGAUUGGUUGCACAAAGUGCAAGUCUUGGCAUGAAAGAUUCAUUGGGACCUUUAAAGUCUCUGGUGGUUGCUAGUGUUGUGAAUGGCCUUGGUCAUGUUGUCCUAUGCAACUUCUUACACUAUGGUAUUACUGGUGCAGCAUGGGCAACAAUGGCAUCACAGAUUGUUGCAGCUGGUAUGAUGAUUGAAGCUCUGAACAAGAAAGGAUUCAGUGCAUUUUCCAUCUCUGUUCCAUCACCUCGUGAAUGUCUGCAAAUAUUUGGGAUUGCAGGUCCAGUGUUUGUAACAAUGUUCUCAAAGGUGGCCUUCUACUCACUGAUGACUUAUUUUGCUACCGCUAUGGGUAUGAGUGUAGUUGCUGCUCAUCAGGUCAUGAUACAGAUGUACGGGAUGUGCGUGGUAUGGGGUGAGCCUCUUUCUCAAACUGCGCAAUCGUUUAUGCCUGAGUUACUAUAUGGAGUUGACCGAAGUUUGGAGAAGGCCCGAAUGUUGUUAAAGUCACUCAUGAUUAUUGGAGCUGUACUUGGAUUGGCAAUAGGAGCUAUUGGGAUGUCUGUCCCUUGGUUAUUCCCCAAUAUCUUUACAUUUGAUCUUAAAGUCAUACAAGAGAUGCACAAAGUUUUGUUUCUGUUCUUCCUGUCCUUAUCUAUUACGCCCUGUACUCACAGCCUUGAGGGAACAUUGCUGGCUGGACGUGAUCUUACCUUCAUCAGCUUCUCAAUGAGCAGUUGCUUUUCCUUGGGUGCUCUUCUACUGUUGCUUUUGAACAGCAGAGGAUUUGGUUUGACAGGCUGCUGGUUUGCCCUUGUUGGCUUUCAAUGGGCUCGAUUUUUCCUGGCUCUCCGGCGGCUUCUUUCUCCCAAUGGCAUGCUCCAUUCAGAGGAGAUGGGCUCCUAUAAAGUGGGAAAGUUGAAAGCUACUUGAUAUCUGGUUCAUUUCUACAUACUGCUAGUAAAAGAAGAGACUCUGAAGAUGCUGCUUCCAUGGAUUCUGCUGAUGGUUCUUGAAUCGUGAAAUUUAGCAUAUCCGUCCAGCCCUGCUGCCAAAGAUCAGUGUCAUCAUCAUUUUUUAAUGUAAUUUCACACUGUCAGAUAGGUCAAUUAUUAGUAUACGUAAGAAAGUGAUUGAAGACAAAGUAGUUAUCUGCCAUCAGAAGACGUUUUUGUUUUUUCUUUUUUUCUUUGCACAAGUAGUGACAUUCAUAUUGGAAAGGGAUUUGAACUUAGGCGAUGGUGUAAAGGUCAUGAUUGUUGCUAUUUUUCGCUUUAAUCAAGUGAAAGGAGGA